AUGCCCGCCCCGCCACCCACGCUCAUAAUCGACAACGGGGCGUACACCCUCAAGUGCGGGUUCUCGUCGCCCACACCGUCCCUCUCAUCCUGCCACCUAAUCCCGAACUGCAUUGCGCGUUCUCGCGACCGGCGAUCCCUCGUUGGAACCCAACUGUCGACAUGCCGGGACUUUGGCGGGAUGUCGUUCCGGCGGCCGGUCGAGAAGGGCUACCUCGUCAAUUGGGAGGCGCAGAAGGAGGUGUGGGAUCAUACGUUCCUGUCGGAUAGCGCGGAUGGCCCAGAACUACGUUGCGAUCCCCACGAUACGAGAUUGAUCCUCGCGGAGGCGCCGAAUGCGCCCCUCUCCCUGCAGAAUAAUGCAGAUCAGAUUGUCUUUGAGGAGUAUGAGUUCAUGGAGCUGUUUAGAUGCGUAGGCCCCAGUGUGAUACCAUGGCAUGACAUACCCGCCUUAUUCUCGGGAGCGCCAGCCUUACCACCGCCCACGAAACCCGCCGAAGCGGUCAUGAUCGUCGACUCCGGCUUCAGCCACACGCACAUCUACACAACCUUACUCGGGCAGCCGUGGAACUCCGCGACACGGCGCAUCGACAUCGGCGGGAAGUUUCUGACCAACUACCUGAAAGAGCUGGUGUCGCUGCGCACAUGGAACAUGAUGGAGGAGCCGUACCUGAUCUCGCAGGUGAAGGAGGCGGUCUGCUUCGUGUCCACGGACUUCGAGCGUGAUCUGGACCGCUGCAAGCGCCUCAAGGACGCGAAAAAUGAUAUGGUCCGCGACUAUGUCCUGCCAGACUACAACACGGGGAAGGGCGGGUUCGCGAGAAACCAUCUUCCGCGCUCAGCGAGACCAGGGCCGGCCGCAGAUGAGGAGCAGGUCAUGGUCCUGGGGAAUGAGCGGUUUACUGUGCCGGAACUGCUGUUCAACCCUGCGGAUGUGGGUCUGAAGCAGGCUGGCGCGGUCGAGUGUGUGCUCCAGGCACUGGAAAUGGUCCCGGAGCGGCUGAGGGCGGUGCUGCUGGCGAAUAUCGUCCUUGUCGGCGGGAAUGCGGCUAUCCCCGGCUUCAAGGAGCGGUUCGAGCUGGAGCUGAGACCCAUGGCGAUGGAUGAGGCGACGGUUAGAGUCGCGGUGCCUGAGGACCCCGUUAAGUAUAUCUGGCUAGGCGCGGCGAGGAUGGCGCUGGAUGACGAGUUCAUGAAGGCGAGGACGGUCACUAGGAAGGAGUACAUGGAACAUGGCCUGCUGUGGUGUCAGAAGAAGAUGGCGGGCGAAGAUGUGAGGGGCGGUGGCGAGGUCAGGGAUACGGCGCAGGAGAGGGAGAGGAGGGAGAAUAGGAGUCAUCGGAGGAAGUGAUUGGUGGUUGGUGAUGGUGAUGGGUGAUGGACGAUGAUCUGCAAUAUGUGUACAUAGCAUUCUUUUCUUUUUCUUUCUUUCGCGAAGCGGCGGGACAGUCCCGUGUUCCCACUUUCAAGUUUCCAGGCUACAGACUCCCAUCUACCUAUGCUUCGUAUCCACACUGCAUUCCUCC